CUCUGUUUUUCCUCUUCCUCAUGUCAUCUUCAUUUCCUCCUUACAUGCUUGUAAAGUAAUAUCAGAGAGAGCAGACGUGUAGCUGAGAGAGUUGAGGGAGGACAGAUCUGAUGUCUUUAAAGUCUGUGUCUCUUUCAGUGUUUCUUCAUCGCCCCUUAAUGAUCGGCCCUAACGUCCCAGGUGAAGCGGCGCCAGGUGGGAUGGCAGAAGCCUGUGUGGCUUCAAGGCCUCAGGUGUUUGUGGUGGACAGCCAGGCCAGCUACGUCUCGGCACCUGUGGGGAAGAAGCGGAGGUGGGAGAAAGUGGGCCAGAAGUGUCUGCUCAUGCUAUUGGGACUUGUCGUGUUUGGACUUGUUGUUCAGGGCUGUUUAAUCCACAAUCUCUACCAAAAAACAGAGGCCUUCUCUCUCUGCAGGUCUCAUCCUCUCUGCCAGAACCUGUCAGACCCCGGAUCAGACUCCCCAUCAUCCGGCCUGCAGGACGGCAUCAUACUGAGUCGAGUGGGAUCUGAAGCGUCCAAUCAGAUUUCAUCGAUGGAUCAAACGGAGGAGGUGCAGCAGAGACCCUUCGCUCAAUUGACGGGAUCCAGUAAGACCGUAGACCAGCACCAUGUGGUGCAGUGGAUGACGGAUGUCGGGGAAACCAUCAUCCACAAAAUGGGCUACGAAGACGGCCGGCUGCUGGUGGAGAAGGAAGGUUUCUACUACCUUUACUCCAAAGUGACCAUCGGUGCUGAAGAAGACUGUUUGUUCUUCCAGCACGAAGUCCUGAAAGACAUCAGAGCGUACGGAAAACCCAUCCAACUAAUGAAGUCCAAAAGAGUCCGAUGCUGGACUCAUAGAUCUUCAGAGGACACGUCUCCGAGUGGGGAGGAGUCGUGGAACAGCUUCCUGGCGGGGAUCUUCCACCUACAGAGUGGAGACAAAGUUUACGUCAAACUGGACAGCAAGAAGAAGGGGCCCCUGGCCCCCGGGGACAACCUGAUGGGGGCCUUUAUGAUAUACCCCUGUGGUGUAACUACCCCGUGCCCGACUCAGAGGCCACAUUGACACAAAACGUUUGUUUCUUCAGCAAUAACUAUAAAGUGACCUCAUGCAAACACAAAGACCUGGGGGGGGAGGGGGGUGUACCUUACAGGUGUGUAUAUGGUUUGUAUUUAUUCUGUUUACAUAAAAUGUGUGUGUUAUCAAAGUUUAUGAGAAUAAGACAUUUAUUAACACCUGCUGUUUGGAGACGAGACACACAGCACACACACACACACACACACACACACACACAGAGACAUGGGGUGACAGUAAUGGAGCUGUGAUGGAGUUGUGAUGGAGCUGUGAUGGAGUUGUGAUCCAACAAAUGGAAACUCCUUUCAGUCUGUAAGAGGAUAGAAAUGGAUAAAUCAGUGUAACAGAAACACAAAGAACUUGUUUUCAUCUCAAUACACUGCAGUGUUUUGUUCACCUCUGGGUUACUAUACACUGACACUGUCAUGCAGCACUACAAUUUCCCCUGAGCUUCCUGCAUCCUAUUUGACUCAAUGUGAGGAGCAACAACAUAUUGAACACCUGUACUGGCUAUGUACUGCUUAUCUCAUCUUUCCAUAGAUGAUAGGCUAACUGAUGGAGAUGUAAACUGUCAUUAUUGUGACACUAAUGACUCACAGAUCAUUAAUUAAUUGGCUGCACUUCCACCAACCUCACUUUCUUUAACAUAAUAUUAUCAAAUAGACAAUGAUCCAGCAGGUCUCAGUUGGAGCUGGGGUGGUCGUGUGAAGAUAUCACCAUGAAGCUGUUGGGCCUCAGCCAUGUGUGCUGGACAAAGGACUCAGGCCUGUAUCGCAGUUCUCAAGCCUUAGUCUUAGCCCAGCACCCCCCAACAGCAACUAACAAAUAGGUGUGAAAAGUAGGGAUGUGGGGGGUGUCUGAAUUCUCUAUCCUCAUUGGAGGAGGCCUGAGGUUAACUCACAGGCAGUUCCAGUCUUUAAAAUCAAUCGCCAGGAAUUGCUCAGUUUUGGGCGCAAUCAGAUGCUAUCAGGUUUGAGCAAAAAGAAGAGUUUCCUUCCUUUAAUUUUUCGUAAGACGUCAUUGAACGCAACUGGUAAGGAGCGCUGAAGAAAGCCCACUGAUCCCUGAAUCCAUAAGGACACAUAAAGAACUCGGCUCCUGCAACCAGAAGACCCUAUAGAGCAGUGCUCUGGUCGAAGAUCUGAAUCCUGCUACCCUCCUCCUACAUCUGCUACGAAGGAAACCUGCCUGAAUCUGUUGAUUUAAUAUUCAACAGAGUGAAGAUCCAACCAACUUUGCAAUGAUCACCAGGAGUUACCCCAAGUAAGAGCUUUGGUCUGGGCAGAAAUAGUUUCAGAAAUAGUUAUGUUUCUUUUAUAACCACUGAUAAUUGUGCAUCAUUGUUGACGACACGUCACAUUCUGUUUAUUAUCUGUUGUAAGCUGCUGCAUUUGUUUUACUGUGACGAACCGCCGUGUUCGCCGAUGUGUGUAAUGCUACGCUAGUUUACCUUCAGUCAACGGCUUUCACAACCAGAAAGACCAGUGUACCCGCCGUUGAAUCAAAGUCCGGCCACUGGCUUUCUGGUGUUUAAGUUAUAGUUACUGAACUCAGCUCAGAGAGCUCAAACUAUUUCAAAAGGCAGCCACACGGCUUCCUUUGUUGUCCACCAUUUUGUACCCAUGUGACGAAGCCACAUGGUGCAUUGUCUCUCUCCACCAUCUUGUUUUCUCUCUCUCUCUCAUACACACACACACACACAUAACUACACUUUUACACCUCAUUCACAAGUUUUGCUUGAUAAUGUUUGUUUGCUUAGAUUAGUUUAUAAUAGUUAUUUGUUGGAUUGAGUUUCAUUGAUUU